GGCGCGAAGAAAAAACGAACAAAUGAAUGCCGUUCGAAGAAAGGUUCAAAAAUCGAACGCAAAUAACGUAGUCAAGUAUAACCUGUCAAAACAAAAAUAUUCCACUUCAGCUGACAGAAACUCAAGCCACGCAGGCUUUAGAAGUGCUUACAUCAGCGUUUCGGCAUUAGCGGCAUGUGAAGAGAGCACGUAAAAUGUACGAAAAUUUGUUCAAAAGCCCGCUGCAGCGUGUAUUUUUAUACGGAACGCUGAAACGCGGUGAGCCAAACCAUAAACUGAUAGAAACUAAAAACAACGGUUAUGCGAAAUUCAUCGGAAUUGGGAGAACGGUCGCAAAGUACCCUCUGGUUAUUGCAACUAAAUAUAACGUUCCAUUCUUGUUAAAACAGCCUAAUGUCGGUAAUCAUGUUACAGGGGAAAUAUACGACGUAGAUUCAAACAUGCUAAAACAUUUGGACGAACUCGAAGAACAUCCAACGUUCUAUACUCGGGUUGAAGACGAAGUUCACCUUAUUCCAGAGUCUAAAUACAAGCAGGGAUUAUCCAAGUUUGAAGAGGUUGGAGAAUUGACAAAGGCCUGGAUAUACUUUCUACCAAAGUUCAAAUCGUCUUUGUUAGAUGGACCGUUAUAUUCAGCGUACAGUAACGACGGAGAUCACGGCCUUAAAUAUGCGGAAAGGUAUUUACGUGAUCCAUCUCACAAUCACCGUACAGAAGUACAGUAACGCAAGUGAGAAACAAGCUUGUUAACAAAUUGGUUACAUAUAAAAUGUGACACGGACUCUGUCAAACCGGAGGAUGUUUUCUGAAUCAGUCGCAGAUUGUUAAUCAAAAUUUCACCUACAUAUCUUAAGAUAUUCUCAUACUGUGUAACGUACCGAUAUAUAGAUAAUGUACGAUUAUAUAUUCACAAAAACUAUACGUAUAUAUAACGAUAGAUUCGUAAUAUGGAUAAAAUAGAUCGCAUGUUAUAUCGCGUAUCUAACGGCAUAAGUUUGUGACCAAGAAAAAUGCGAUUUUAGUGGCAAAAGGGCGUAUAAUUUUUUUUCCUCACCAUUCGCUCUGAAAAUGGUAAAAACUUGUGUAUCCCAAAUGUUCGAAGAUAAAAACACAAGGCGGGCGUAACCAUCCUUCCUUCUUGGAAACGCUCUGAAAACCAAUGAAAUAUAUAAAUAAAUUGAAAUCUGCGAAAAUUCCGAAAUGUAAAAAAAAUUCCAAUUAAAUUGUGAUUAAAUUUUAGCGUUUCUGACCAUAUUUCCAUGUUUUUACCCUAGAUACGAUACAAAAUAAAUAAAAAAUACAUGCCCUUUUGCCUUUUUCAAAAUCGCACACGUUACGUUGUAAGUGAAUCUUAUUUUGUAUAAAGUCAAUGUGUAUUGAUGAAAAUUGAUAUAAUUAAAUAUUAAUUAAAAAGUGGAAACGUUUAUCGCUGUUCGACCAACAUCCGCCUGAUGCCGGCAAACCGUCCCGCAUAUUAUGACAGUUCGAAUUGUUUACACUUGAUAGAUGGCAGCACAAAAGGGAUGCCACCAUUUCUGUUAAUACUAGGGGUCACACACAGAGAUUCAGGCAACCAGCAGACUGACACACACAGUCAGAGAUUCAGGUAACCAACAGACACACACAGUUCAGUUGAAGGUAGUGACGCGAACGACGGAAUAAAUAUUUUUGUUCAAUCGAAAAGGAAGCAAAAGUGACAAGUCCCAGGGUUGUGGUGUGUUUAUUUUAACCAAAGCUGUUACGUAGUGCGUAAAUAUACAAAUGCAACAAUGUUUGUGAUCAUGGAUUGUUUCCUAUAGUAGAGCGAAUGAGUGAUUUUUUUUUAUCACGCACAAUAUCGUCAAGUAUCGAGGAAGAAAAAACAACUGUUUAACCCAUUGUGCUAAUUUCGCCCAGUUAGCUGUAAUCGCAAACUGCAUUAAGAGACAGCAAAGCGUACCUGAAAGAGAGAGAGAGACCUUGGACGGUUUUCUUUGUACACCUAGAUAACAAACCGGGUAAUUUCACCCGCCCAACAAAACCUUGUUCAAGGAAAGUGCACAUACACAUUAUAAACCUCCGUAACUUGUAUACGCUGCAGGUUGCGCACAAAGGUGAAAACGUCACGGUAUUUCGGUGAGAUAAUACUUACUUAGCGAAAAGUAUUGUAAUUGACUCCCGUCAACGACGUCGUUGACGGAAAUAAAAAAAAAAAAGAAAAGAAAACAAAAAAACAAUAUUUCAUACAUAUUCACAUAAAUUUGUGUAAUGUACCCAACGACGCGUC